UUUCCGCAUAUUCGUGGGAGGGUUGUCGUGGGACGUCACAGAGCGUCAGCUGGAGAGCGCUUUCCAGCGUUUCGGCAAAGUCCACGAAGCUCAGGAAGUAUAAACAUAAGCAGAUGGUAUCUGGAUGUGUGGAAUUGGGUACAAGGCUGCUAAAGUUAAUUGCUUGAUUUAGUCUCACCUGCUAUUUGGUAACUAAAUAUUUAGUCAUGAAAAGGUCUGUGGUUGGGAUCCGCAGAAAAUCCUGUGAUAGUGUUGGAAAUUUGGCAUAUAAGUAAUCCUUUGAGGAUGGGCUGACUAAUCAUCUGUUCACAUGAUGUGGCAACUUUGAGAAGUUUCUCUUUCUUGUAGUAAGUAUGCUUUCUGUUUGGAUUCUGUGGCUCUGCAGCCGAAGUCUGAAAUGUUCAUUGUUUGAUCAAGUGAUUUUCAUCCUUUUGCUUCGACAAAGGUUUUUAUCUAAUUAGAACAAAUGCUCCGAAAGUAAAUGGUUUGGCCAUAUUUUGUAUCAGUUGGACUCAAACAUGAUGGUGAAGGAUGUGUCUGUUUUCCGAGAAAGAUUAUUGAGCUGAAUAGUGUCUCCUCAUCUAUGUUCAUUUGUUUUUGUUCUCAUAGAAUCCAGAGGGUUAUCUGCUGUCAACUCGUCAUUUGUUGUUUUAUAGGCUAUGCAGUUUUCAUAGUGGCUGCUGUAUCACAAAGCUUUGUUUUCUCUUGUUAGUUGUUCUUCAGAUAUUUCAAAUUCUUGAUUUUGUGAGGCUGCGAAUCAUCAAGUUUAGUUACUUUAUGCUUGAUGCGGACUAGAGUUAGGGACUCUAAACUGCUCCUUUCUGGCAAUGGGAUCAUCUCAUCUGCUAUUGUAUAGCUCUCAUCAAGUCUGAGCCUCCUUUUCAGCCAUGUCAGUUUUUGUUUGAACUAAUUUGAACUAAUUUGAACUUUUUUAUUGAUAUUUUUUUGUUGUUGUGACAAUUAUGCUAACAUUACUGGUUUAGCGAGGGACAAGAGAUCAAGAUCAAUUUCAUAGUCGAUUUUCGUAUGUUGAUAAGUUUUCGUGGUGCUUUAUGUCUCAUUAUCCCUCCAACACACUUAGUCUGGCCGCUUCACUUGUGGGAACAUUUAUGCAACCCAUUCAGUGGAUCUUAUGAGACCUUAUUCAGAUCGCUAGAUUCCUUGCAGGUGCCAGUAACAGUAUUGUAUCAGAGGUUCAAUGCUUUGGGUUAUCAUGUUGCAUGUGAAAGAUGAAUUCAGCAACAUCAAUGCUACACCAAAUAUUGAUGCUUCCUAGUUCAUCAGUAGUUCCAAUAUUGAUUUAAGAUUUGAUGCUUUGGUGGAGUAAUACUUCUGGCCUCCUCAAAUUCUGAAUCUGGUCAAAUACGGAUUCUGGGCAUGGGCACACAAUUCUUUUGGCACAGUGAUGUAGAUUUUUUUAAUAGGUGAUAUUAUGAUAAUUGAAAGUACUUAAGAAUUGUCCGAACAUCUCCUAUAAAAAAAAGGUUGUAACAUCUCCUAUCAAAAUAAGUUGUCAGAACGUGGAUCUCCAUGACUCCGGGGUAUGUUUUCAUGGGCUUAGUAAGUCUUAAGUUUUUUGGUUGAAAGAGAUGAUCAGCAUUUUCAUCAGCUCUGCUAUUUUGAGCUUAUACGUGGACAGAGUAUCUUUGCUGCCUGUGACUGAAUCUUGUGGUUUUAAUUGACUUGGUGAAAGUUGGUGAGGAUAGGGUAAUUAUGGAUCAAGUUGGGCAUAGCUUGCAAAAAAGAUACAGUUUCUUGGGAUACCUUGAUGUGUAUUUGUGUUCUAUAUGGUUUGUUUUGAAUGGUGGAAAGAUUGCAAUAGCUGCCUUUGUCUGGCUGAUCUGCGUAGCUUUGGUCGGAGGAAAAUUGAUUUCGUCAAUACAAGAUGGAUGCUUGCCUGUUGUUUAAAGUGUUAUCAUUAUUUCUGGUAGUCUUGUGUUAUGAUUAAGGACUUGUCUGUGGGAAGUUAACCAUAUCACAAAGAUAAUGCAAGCACUGAUGACCAAUUCAAUUUAGCUGUUGAGUAGAUGCACUUGACUUUGUGGUCAGUUAGGUAUCAGUUUAUGCUGGAUGUAAUAGAUUGGAUUUUGUUGGAAGUCAAGGUCAGCAGAGAUGGAUUCCUCUAUUGUUUAUCAGAAAUUUUUCAGUACUAACCACGUUGCAACCUGUUAUCCAUAGUAACAAAGAGAAAAUCAUGAUGGAAAGAGAUACAAAUCGUCCUCGGGGUUUUGGGUUUAUUACAUUUGGAGAUCGGCGAGCAAUGGAAGAUGCAAUCCGGGAGAUGCAUGGGCGGGAGCUUGGUGAUCGCAUCAUCUCUGUGAACAAAGCUCAACCCAAAAUGGGAGGGGGAGGGGAGGAUUCAGACCAUGGCUAUAGAGGAGGCUACUCAACUGGUGGCAGGAGAAACUAUGGGGGAGGAGAUAGACCUGUAGGGCAAGAUGAAUGCUUCAAGUGUGGGCGACCAGGACAUUGGGCCCGAGAUUGCCCUUCAGCUGGUGGUGGAAGAGGUGGAGGUUCAUUCUCAUCCCAUUCUAGGUUUGGGACUGGUGGCCGUGGGGAUCGCUUUGGUGGAGACCGUGAUCGCUAUGUGGAUGACCGUUAUGAUGGAGGGCGUUAUGGAGAGAGGGACCGUUUUGACAGCAGGGAGGACAAGUAUGGGAGCCGUGAUCGCUAUGUUAGUGACAGGUAUCCAGCUGGUGAUCGCUUUGCAAGUGAUAGAUACGGUGGUUCUGAUCGUUAUCCGCAAAAUGGUUAUGGGAAAGAUAGAGGCUAUGAUAGGGAUGCAAGGGGUGGAAGUGACAGAUAUGGGAGUGGAGGGCCAGCAAGAGAUGAGGGCGGAAAUUACAGAAGCAGGGCAGGUCCUUACGAUCGCCCCAGCAGGGGAGGGCGCCCAUCUUCCUUUGACCGCUACUAAAUGUUGGUUGGCCUGGCUAUUCUCAUGAAAUUUGUAGCUGUUUAUGCUCUUUUAGGUUUUUGAUGUGGGAUGUUGCGGAUACAAUUUUACGUAGGAUUGAUGGAUGUAAUUUAAUUCAGUAUUUUUCUGUUUGAUUUUUGUUAUUACACUUUUUCUGACUGGUUGACAAACAAAUUUAGCGACAUAAAAUGAAAUUUGGGAAAUUUACUACUGAGUCUCGUUGUUUGUUUGCGUUGUAAA